CCAUAUGACUGAAACUAAUUUUGUAAACAAUAAAAAAAAAAAAGAAAAUACUAUGUUUAAAGAUUAUUUUAAAUAUUAUAAAAGUCGUAACCCUCCACCAAAACUUGACGAUGUAAUUGACAUUGACAGUGCUUGUAAAAAGGUUAUUCAAGUAGAUGUGAAAGAUGUAGACAACACCAAGACCUUCAUUGUUGACAAGUGGGGAUUGAAAGCAACAUCAACAUGGAAAAUUUACAAAUUUACAGACAUUCCAGGGCUGAUUUUUAUCAGAAAUCCUUUCACCUCAAUUGGACAACGUUACUGGAUCACCAAAUGCCUCAGGGAUUACUCAAGAAAACCAAAUAAACUUAACAUUGAUGCUCAUGAUAUAAUAGAUGAUCAAGAAAACUGGUGGAGUAUUUACAAAAGUGACAAUGAAAAAAGUAAAAAUAUAGUUGGUAAAUUAAGAUGGGCAACACUUGGUUAUCAUCACAAUUGGGAUACAAAAUACUAUUCAGAAAAUGAUAAAUCACCAGUACCAUAUGAGUUGAAUGAAAUGACAAAAUUAUUAUCAAAUUAUUUAGGAUUUAAUAAUUUUAAUGCUGAAGCAGCAAUUGUUAAUUAUUACAGAAUGAAUUCAACACUUGCUGGACAUGUUGAUCAUUCUGAAAAUAAUAUGGAUGCUCCAUUAUUUUCAAUUAGUUUUGGACAAACAGCAAUUUUUCUUAUUGGUGGUUUGAGUCAACAAGAACCAGCAUAUCCAAUUUAUAUUAAAUCUGGUGAUGUUAUUGUUAUGUCUGGUGAAUCACGAUUGAGGUAUCAUGGUGUACCAAAAAUUUUACGAGAUGAAAAUUUAAACUGGAAACAGGAUAACCCAGAUGAAGCAAAUAUUUUUGUUGAUUCUGAUGAUUGGAAUAAAGCUAGUGAUUAUAUUGAUGAUGCUCGUAUUAACAUCAAUAUUAGACAAGUUUUAAAAAUUGGACAGACAAGUUUAACUGAUAAUUAUCAUUCUAAUUGA